AUGUGAAAAUGAGUAUGAAACCGUAGAGCCGACGGUGUUCAUGUUGGAAUGGGGUCGGCCAGGAGGGAACCAGGGCUGAGGAACUCACGUAUCGGAGCAGCAUUUUCUGGCAGAUGAAAGAUUUUUUCCGCUGUUUAAUUUAAAAACAGACCCCGACAGAGGUCAAAGGUUCAAGGAUUUUAACGACAGCAAGAAACAAUCGACGGAAUUGGCGGCUGUCGGGGUCGGUCUAAGAUCGGCUUUACGCCAGGCUUGUCCAAUCACGACGUUUGUUCUCCGCUUAACGCUUGCGUGAGCAAACAACUGACUUGCUUUGUCACGACAUCGACAAUAUGGCGGCCGGGAGUUUUGAUCAAUGUCGGUUUGCGGUAUGUUUGGAAAAAUACGAAGCUAUUUGGAACGACAAAUCGAAAGAACACGCAGAUAAGUCGAGGAGAAAAGCACAAAUGAAAGCCAUGGCAGAAGAGCUUGGCAUAAGCCCUGAGCUCGUCGACACAAAAUACAACAGUUUAAGGACAUAUUUCGUUAAGCAACGACGCCGCGUGCAAGAAUCUCAACGACGCUCUCACUGCGGUGAAGUAGGAAGCGUCUUUAGACCAUCAUGGCCACCUUAUUCAAAGCUUUUAUUUCUUGAAGAAGCUUUGGCAGGGAUUGCGCCCAUCGGACUGUCAGACCUGGAGGAUAACGAAGACCUAAGUCUGGCUACUAUGGUACCCCAACUACGGCGAUGCCCCGAUUUGCCGCCGUUUGACGAUAGAAGCAGCGAACCAGAGCUUGGUUUGAUUACGAUGGUUAAGAAUCCAAGAAUUGAUGAGUCGUUUUACGCAACUGAAGACAGUCCCUCAUCUGAUCCCCCUCCCAACCAGGAUGACGGGAUUUCAGGUCGCAUGAACUCAGAAAGACUGAUUAAAUCAAAUGUUCGCAACUCGGGCACAACGCCCGAAUUUUUGAACGGUUCCAGGACAAGCGGGCAGUCAGGCAUCGUGCACUCGCCAAUCACAAUCAACGAUGAAAGUCAGCAGAUCGAGAAACGGCGCUUACAAGAGGAAUCGGGCAAACUCCCCAUGGAUUCCGUCAGAUCUCAUUCCUCUAGACCCCAAUCCCCUAUUUUUCCACCCACUGAUCUAUCUCCUCACUCAGUUUCGACGUUCACCCUUCAUGAUACAAAUCUCCGUCCAAAUACCCCUAAUUCACUCUCGCAAGCCCUAUCUACCGACACUUCACCCCAAUCCACCAAAAGCCGUAAGCGAAGCUUACCGAACACCGACGACGAUAACCUAGGAUCGGUAUUUCACGAUACAAUCGACAGUCUACGAACAGUUGCCGAGAGCAUACGCGAGGAUGCGAAUGAUGACGUCGGCGGGUUCUUGAAGAUGAUUGGUUUUCAGUUGAGGAAUAUAAACGACCCUCUGCGACGCAUGCGCGCAAUGCAUGCAAUUCAAGGCGUAAUACUGAAUGAGAUUACCUCGACUAUUAAAUAGCAUGACGAAUGAAAUAUGAGUUGUUGUUAGUUAGCAAUACAACAUUGAUCAUUUUUUUAA